ACGUGAGUUUUUUUCUUCGUUUCCGUGCUGCUUCAAUUUUCCUCGGCGAGCGCGUAGCGACGGAGGGAGCGGCGUUUACUCCUCAUUUCUGCAUCCCCAAACGCAAAUUCAACCCAUACCAGCAAGAAAAAAUUGUGCAAAAUCUCCCAGUUUCCCGAUCAUGGAUCCGAACCAGCCACCCGUAGAAAAUUAUGCUAACCCGAAGACUUGUUUCUUUCAUGUCUUUUUUAAGGCUGGAGCAUUGGCUUUUUACAUUCUUUCCUCUCUAUUUUUCAGCAGUUUUGUUAUCAUUUUUGUGGUGACUGUUUUUCUCGCUGCUCUCGACUUUUGGGUUGUGAAGAAUUUGAGUGGACGUAUAUUGGUCGGUUUAAGGUGGUGGAAUGAAAUAGAUGAUAUGGGUGAGAGUGUGUGGAAAUUUGAAAGCCUUGAUCAAGAGUCAUUGGCUCGGAUGAACAAAAAAGAUUCCUGGCUGUUCUGGUGGACCUUGUACCUCACGGCAGUUGCAUGGACUGUGCUGGGCAUAUUCUCGUUGAUAAAGUUUCAAGCUGAUUAUCUCCUCGUCGUAGGAGUUUGUUUGACUUUGAGCAUUGCAAACAUUAUCGGCUUUACAAAAUGCCGUAAAGAUGCGAAGAAACAGUUUCAGCAAUUUGCCACGCAGACCAUUGCUUCUCAGUUCUCUUCUACAUUACAAUCAGCCUUUAGUGUAUGAGGCGUCCAUACCAUAUGUGAAUGAAAGCAGACGGAAGCGCAAGAGAUGUGUUGAGCAGCAGCUCUCAGGGCAUGUAAAUAUGCAUUGUUUUAGGCAUUACUGGAUUGAACUUUCUUUUUUGGUUAUACAAAGAAAAAUAUUGAAUAACUUUGUAUGUCUCCCUUUUACCAAUGUUUUGUAUUGUGAUGAUCCAAUGAAAUGAAUAGUAGAAAAAACAUUAAUUUUGCUAUAU